AUGAAUAGUAAGGCAGGAGGGAAGGCUACAAAAGAAGAAACUCUCCUGAAACAUCAGCAACACCUGCAGAGACAGAGAGAUGUAAUCGCCUACAGGAUGAAGAAACUGGCAGCCAAGCAGGUGGAGAUAACUAAAAAGACCAACGAGAUGAAGGAGAAAAUCAGGAAAAAGUAUGAAGACAUGAAGCGUAUCCUGGACGAGGAUCUUCGGAUUACGCUGACCCAGAUGGACACGGAGCAUGACGCCACUGAGAAGUUAGUGGAGGACCGGAUAGAGGACUGCUAUCUUCUCACUCAGGAACUGGACGAGGAAAUAUCUGACAUCAGUGCCAGAUUGAAGACAGAAGAAACUGAUGUUCAGAAUGCUGAAACAGACAGAAGGAUAUCUGAGACUCUGAAGUUAAGUGACCCUGACCUGAUUCAAAUGGAUGAGUUCAAGAACGAACAGCUCCUCAGUCUCACCAUCAACCUGCUGCUGUUCAUCAGAUCCCAGGUCCCUGUCACCAAGAAGCUGUUUCAGAGCUAUGCUGCAGACGUUGUACUUGACCCUGAAACGGCCCAUCCCAAGCUGAUCAUCUCUUCUAAGGGUGAUUCUGCCACCUACAUAGAUACCUGGCAGGAUGUCCCAGACACUGUCUCUCGCUUUGAUACCACCCUGAAUGUAAUCAGCCAAGAUGGCUUCAGCGAGGGACGCCACUACUGGGAGGUGGAGGUGAGUGAGAAGACCUACUGGGAGUUGGGGCUCACUUACCCGAGCAUCCCACGCAAAAGCUGUGAGGAGGACUCGUGGCUGGGCCGAGGCAAGGAGUCGUGGUGUGUGGAGUACUUUAAUGGAGACUACACAGCCUGGCAUGGCGGUGUUCCACAUGAGCUGCCUCUGCUGGCGGGAAGGAAGUUCACCCGCAUUGGGGUGUACUGCAGUUUCCCUGGGGGUUUGGUUUGUUUUCUAGGCGCAGACACUAUGACUCCUCUUCACUCUUUCUGCACUGGGACGUUCACUGAUACCCUACAUCAAGCAUUAUGUCCAGGGCACGACAAUGAAGGCACAAACUGGAAGUCUCUCAGGAUCUGUGAUGCGUCUCGAUCGGCUCCUGUUCUCUGA